CAAAUCCCCGCAUCAGUGGACAAAUUGAUUAUCGGCCCCGAAGCGUGGCGCAGUCGAGGCAAAACACGCUGGAAUGUCGUCACUUGUCUUCUUGGCCUUUUCGCUGAAACUCGUCCUUGGGGAAUGUUCUUGAUAUCGUUCAAGAGAGCCAGAUUCACGUGAAGACUCUUCCAUCAGGACCAGGGCGCCAUGAAUGUUCCAGAGUCUUGGGAUAGCCCGGAUGGGGAUGGUGGGCCUACCCCAGGCAGAGCGGCUUACGCGCAAUACUUAUCACCCAAGAGCGACCAUGGUGAUCGAGAGCGAUGUCCCGACUCAACUCAAGUUGACUUUUCAAAUGAAGCGCAGACUCAGGCUGGAGUAACAGAUGAUGGGCGGGUCGAUAUUAUUCUUGACGAAAAGGCAAACAAUUUGGCGAAUUUCUUUAUUCCCGCCCAGGCGCAGCAGUUUGCGGAGAGACCGCCCGCCUCGCAAUCCCAACGAGGCGAGACGACCCCCAUAUCACUAAAUGUUGUGAUCCAAGUCGUGGGAUCAAGAGGAGAUGUGCAGCCGUUUGUAGCGUUGGGCAAGGUGCUCCGCGAUCGGCAUGGGCAUCGCGUUCGAAUUGCGACGCACGCCAAGUUUCAAGCAUUAGUCGAGUCCAGCGCGCUUGAGUUCUUUAGUAUUGGAGGGGAUCCAGAGCAGUUAAUGGCGUUCAUGGUGAAGAAUCCUAGUCUGGUGCCGGACCUGAGCGUUUCCAGUGUGACCGAUGUUCGACGGAGAAGGAGGGAGAUGGGUCUCAUCUUAGAUGGGUGUUGGAGGUCAUGCUUUGAGCCAGGAAAUGGUCUAGACGCCGCAGAGGGUGAGAGCGACAACGAAGGGGAAGCAAGCAUACGUCCAUUCAUUGCCGACGCGAUCAUUGCCAACCCACCAAGCUUUGCGCAUAUUCAUUGUGCCGAGAAGCUGGGUGUACCACUGCAUAUCAUGUUCACAAUGCCGUGGUCUCCUACGUCGUCUUUCGCACACCCACUGGCCAACAUCCGCUCUUCAGACAUCAGUUCCGCAACCUCCAACUUCGUCAGUUACUCGCUAGUGGAAAUGCUCACUUGGCAAGGGCUCGGCGAUGUGGUCAACAACUUCCGCGAAUACACCCUUGGUCUAGGACCGCUGUCCACGCUUACCGCUACCGGGCUGCUAGCUCGUUUAAAAGUCCCGCAGACGUACUGCUGGUCUCCGGCACUCAUCCCCAAACCUACAGAUUGGGCCGAUCACAUUUCCAUAACCGGGUUCUGCUUCAUGGCGGCGGGAGAGUCGUAUGAGCCCGAGCCCGGAUUGAAAGCUUUUCUUGAAGCGGGAUCCAUGCCGAUAUACAUCGGAUUCGGGAGUAUUGUGGUUGACGACCCGGUAGGUAUGACGAGGUUGCUGUUUGAGGCGGUAGCACGGACCGGUCAACGAGCUAUCAUUUCCAAGGGAUGGGGCGGCCUAGGUGAUGAUAGUGUUGUCGAUGUACCCCACGGUAUUUACUUACUGGGAAACUGUCCGCAUGACUGGCUCUUCCAAAGGGUCUCAUGUGUCGUCCACCAUGGCGGUGCUGGUACAACUGCGGCGGGAAUUGCUUUAGGGAAGUCGACGGUAAUCAUACCAUUCUUUGGAGAUCAACAUUUCUGGGGAGAGAUGGUUGCCAAAGCUGGAGCUGGACCGAGUCCUAUUAAUCACAAAACACUAACAGUGGAAAACCUCGCCGAUGCGAUAUCUACAGCGCUUCGCCCAGAUGUCCGACAACGGGCUCAAGAGCUCGGACGCCUGAUCAACGAGGAGAAUGGAGACCAAGCAACGGCGAACUCCUUCCAGGACCGUCUUGACAUGGACAGCAUGCGGUGCAGUAUGUUUCCAUCCGAGAAAGCCGUGUGGAAGGUCAAGCGGAGUCCGUUCAAAUUGAGCGCGACAGCUGCAAUGGUCCUCGCGCACGAGGGUUUAAUUGACCUGGGUCACCUACGCCCAGUUCGGACACAUGAGUACCAGACCACGGGUGAUCCGGUCGAUCCAUUGACAGGAGGAGCAAAUGCCUUGAUAGGCUCGAUAGGGAGUAUUGGGGUCGCCAUUGUCGACAUGCCGCGGCAGGUGGUCAAGUCAAUUGUCGACUCAGAUAGGUCGAGUAAAACCUCCAAAAGGGCAGCGAGGCCGAAUGAGGCACCACCUUUAUCGUCGUCCAGCUCCGAAAGGGCGAGCCUCUCCACCAAGGAUCUUCGAGAGGGAUACACAGAGCCUGUGGAUCGCGGUACCACUGAUCAUGGACAGGGAAAUCAAGGAUUCUUUACCUCGACAAUCCGUGAUCCGGCAAAUCUUGUUGUCGACGACCCGCGACAGGAAGGCGUCGAAAGACUGCGUGGCGGCAAGAAAUCAUCAAGCAAGACAUUCAAAUAUGGGAUGUUCAAAGAGACUUCGGGGAAAGACGACAUCGCAGCGCACCGUUCUAAAGCCUCGGAGGCCAUUUACAGACAAGCCCCAGAACCCCGUGACUCGGUCUUGUCUGAUGCUGCUAAGGGCGCAGGGAAAAGUAUGGGUCGCAUUCUCGGAAGAGGAUUCCGUAGUCCUUUGGACUUCACUAUGGGUAUCUCUAAGGGAUUUCGAAACAUUCCCAGAGCGUAUGGUGAUACCACGCGCGAGGUGGACCGAAUAACGGGGUUCCAUAGUGGAAUAAGAACUGCCAGCAAGGAACUCGGUCUGGGAUUCUAUGAUGGUAUCACCGGAAUCGUCACACAGCCGAUUCGGGGUUUGAGACAGGAGGGGUUAAGCGGCUUUGUAAAAGGGGUAGGCAGGGGAAUUGGUGGUGUUGUGUUUAAACCAGGCGCUGCAAUAUGGGCCGUCCCAGCAUACACUUUCCAGGGUGUCUACGAAGAAGUGCAGAAAUACUUCGGCAGUGGACUAUCGAGCUACAUAGCUACUACACGGUAUAUGGAGGGUAAGCUAGGGUCUGACAAGCUUACCGAAGAUCAACGCAAAGAGAUUGUCGAACGAUGGCUGGGUCGCGAGCAAAGAGAGCAUGAUCUUAUUGAGUGGUGGCGGGCCUCACAAAGGCGACGUAGGGAAAAGAUAUCUAGAGGGCAUUCUGUAUCGACGUCGUCCUCUACUGAUCUCAAUGCAGGCCUUGCUGCGCGGACACACUCAGAACUACGAGGAACAAGUGACGAUAGCGGACCUGUCGAGAUUAUGGGCCGACCUGUGGGAACGGAAAGGGACCGAAUUCACACGCCGGAGUUGGAUGGGACCCCUGUUUUGUCGGGGCUAUCGAUUCACGAUGGGCGGGUAGACACAAAUACCUCCAGCACCCAGAAUCUCUCCUCUGUAGGAUUUCCAGUCGGACACGCUAAGAUCGAUGGGAUGCCGGUAGUCGCUACAUCAUCGUCAAGUCCGCAGGAGGAUCUACGAAACCAUUACAUGGAGAAACCUCCAGCUCCAACUUACCGUGAGUUUGACUCUCAAGCACCACCAGCGUAUGAGCAGGGCAUCCCAAGCCCAGACGGAGGCGAGCUUGAUCACACCUCGGAGGAAGAGCAGAUCAGAAAGGCUCUGGCACUUUCUCUGGAAUCCGAGACCGAGCGACAAACGCAGCUAGAGCAAAGCCGGAGGGAAGAGGAAAUUGUGAUGGAGUACAUCAAAAGGACCAGUCUAGCCGAGGCUAAAAUGAAGCAGAGGAUGAACCCUGAUAUUUAGGUAGCUGUGUCCCAGACUAGAAUGAGAGAUCAUUAAUGU